CCCCCAUCUCCCACUGGCCCGGCCGCGGUCCGUGCCUUUCAUAUGCUCCCAUCUCUCUAUCUUCUCCAUCCCUUUCCGGAUAGGAGCCCCCGAGCUUUUUCCUCUUCUAACUCGGACCAGCCCUUCCUCCUCCCAGCCACCGCUCCUUCCUCCGCGUUCGCUGUCACGCUCCUCUCCCAGGUCGGUGAGUCUCCACGUUGCGCUGUUGCUUUCUCCCCGCGACGCGUCUGACGCGUCAUCCCACGUGUCCAGACCCUUUCUGCUACCACCACCACCAUCUCCACAUGCCUCAACGACAACAGUCUGCUCUAGAGGCCGCCAGUAGCACCUCUAGCUCCGCGGCGUCCUCGCCUCAUGCGCACCCCGACAGCCCGCCGUCCGAGGGCACGGAUGAACCCACCGACACGACCGCAUCGACGGGGAUCCCUCAUCGCGACAGCACGCGAGACUCUCGCGAGAAGCGCAAACGAUCGCGCGUCACCCCCGAGCAGCUCACCCAGCUCGAGACCUUCUUCGCCGCCAACAGGAGCCCCACUGCAGCCCGCAGGAAGGAGAUCAGCGAUAUGCUGGGCAUGACUGAGCGCCAGACGCAGAUAUGGUUCCAAAAUAGGCGUGCUAAGGCGAAGCUGCAGGCAAGUAACAGGGGACGACCAUCGACCGCCCCGUCCCCCGACAUACCUCCCAUCCUCAACUUCGCCGACGACCCACAGCUUCGUGGACGGAUCCACGAAGACGGACCUGUCAGGCUCAUCUCAUGCACGGACCUGGCGAUUGGGACCUGGCGCCGCAUCGCGACCCUGCAAGACAGGUACGACCUGCUGGCCUAUGUCUGCGAAGCCAAGCAGUGCGUGGCAUGGUACGUGCAGUGCGACGGCACCGGCUUCAAAAUGGAGAUUCCGUUUGGCACCAUAACGGACGUGACAAUCGACGGCGUCUCACCCGGGAUGGCCAUGGUCUGCUUGAGGCUGUCACGGCCACCCUCAUUCUUUCUCGAGAGCAGACCGGCCUUGGGCGCGGACGCCUCGGCUACGCGGUUUUGGAAACCGUGCUCUGACUGGACGGAGGACAGGCAGGCAUCAAAAAUGCUCCAGCACGAGCUCAGAUACCAACUUGGCAGACACGCCGUGCAUGGAUUCACGGCGCAACCGUAUACGUAUCCCGAUGAGCAAGUCACCUUCGACCCCGUCCCCGCCGUCCAUGCGCCAGUACCCGUGGCCGGCCACAUGGGCAUGUACCAACCUCCACGGACAGACUACGCGUCCGGACACCAUCCCAUGCAACCGACCAUGCUCGCUCGCCGUGCUUCCGAAGCUUCCCUAACGACCCAUUCUCCCGCGCCGUGGGACUCGCCGCCCAUCCAGCCCACGUCAUCACAGCAAUAUGUAUCGAUGCAUCAUGGCCCCCCUGAUCCCAUGCGACUUCCGGCUCUCGCUGCCUCGCCACCGGCCUCGAUAGACACGCUCAACCCGUUCAUGAGCGGGUACUAUGGCGAACUCCAGGGGCUUCCACAGCGUGACUCCGAGUCCUACAAUUCAUUGUCGAGCGGACCGGCAUCAUCCAGCUCUACCGGCCAAUCGUCCUUCGACCUCCCUAGUCCACCGAACACCGUCGACAUGGGCGGCCCUCGGCAGCGCUGGGGGGAGCCUGUUCUCGUCGAGCCUCAAUCGCUCUAUGACGCACAGGGUUACGACCAGAUGCGUGGGCAAAUACACAUGGGCACUCAUAUGGGGACAGACAUGCCGCCGUACGGAUAUGACCCAUCGGGCUCGAUGCCGGACAAACAUUACGGAUGACGGGUCUCCUUCGCUUUCGACUGGUAAAUAAAAAUGAGCACUUCCGCGCUUUGUACUGUAUUCCGCAACGUCAAAACUGUAGCCUAACUUUUGGUGUGUCGUCCCGUCCCUCUUUGGCUAUCCGCAGUAUUUAUGAGAUUGCUGUCGUCUCUCCCUCGUGUUAUCAUUAUUCCAGUCACUCGCUCUCUGUUCUCGGCUUUCGUUGUCAUCCUCAUCACUGGCUCAGUCUGCGACGCACUAGACCGUUCACACAUCUUCGCAUGCACCUUAGUAGUAGAGGCG